UCUCUUUAUGAAGAAAAGCUAUUCUGAGCUUUUCAUCCUGUGACCGGAUAGGUUUCUGAUCUUGAACCAACUUGUGGAUUUUACAUUUCCUGGAGUAAGUGGUUCUCCGGACAUCGGGGUCCGGCACCCAACACAGGUAAUCCAGGCAGAGAUUCCAUGUGGCAACCAGGACCGUGUGGGAUGGAGACGAAGUCUGAAGCUUCCAGACAGUGUAGAAAAAGGAAACAGCAGGAUGAAGGAGGCGCGGAGACGGAGUCUGAAGCCUUGAGACAUGGUGGAAAACUGAAACGCCAGGAUGAAGGUAGAACGGAUUGGGAGUUUGAAGAGCCCAGCAAGGCUCGGAAGAGGACAGCUCAGGAAGAGGGAGAUCUAUGGCUUCAAAGCCAACAGCCAGUCAAAGAGCUGCCACAGAAACCCCAGGAAGAGAGUCCGAAACAACUAAAGCCUCUACAGUGGGCCAAAGGUCCACAGGAGCAGGGUGCAACUGAGAGAAAGUCAGCUGAUGGUGGCAAGGGUCAUAAGCGGCCCUAUUGUGUCAUGGAGGAAUAUGCCAAAGACCAUCAAAGGGAAAAGUACCGAAAGUUACAACGGCGCCUUCAACACAAUGAUGACACAAACUCUGACCCACCCAGGGCUGACACAGCCCUCCUGGAUACUUUGAACAUCAAAGGUGAAGGGGAAGAGCAGAGUCAUGGAUCCAGUCCAACUCAGUGUGAUCCUAAACAAUCUGUUGUUGUUGCCACACGAGAAUGUCUGUCACCAGACAAAAGAGUAAAGGUGUCUACAGAGGAAUCAUCUGAUUCACAGAAGAAAGAGGGAGCAACCCUUGAAGAAAGAAGGGGACAGCACUUGGAGUCUGACUUGCAAGGAGCACAGUCUCAAUUCCUGUAUAGUGGCAGCAGCAGAUUACUCCCCAACAAGAUGCCCAUAUUUACAACAAAGAAAGAGCCUGUUGCAGGCCAAGGAAAGGGCAGAGGUACCGAUGAAGUCCUUGAUGUGACCAAGGACAUGGAAAAAGAAAUCAAGAAGGCACUAGGUCCAGGACCCCAAGAGGAAAUCCUUAGUAGUGGAUUCAAAUUACAAAUUACUAGAGGAGAUAUCCAGACACUAGAGACUGGUCAGUGGCUUAAUGAUGAAGUAAUUAAUUUUUACACGAAUCUUCUGGUUCAGCGAAAUGACAGAGAAGGCUACCCUGCUCUUCAUGCGUUUAGCACUUUUUUCUACCCUAAGCUAAAACAUGGUGGCUACAGUGCUGUCAAAAGAUGGACUAGAAGAAUGAAUCUAUUUGAAAAGGAAAUCAUUUUAGUGCCUAUUCACCAGGAGGUACAUUGGAGUCUAAUAGUAAUCGACCUAAGGAAAUGCAGCAUUAUGUAUUAUGACUCAAUGGGACACACAGGGCAGAGCAUUUGUGAGACCAUCUUUCAAUAUUUACAAAAUGAGAGCAAGACUCGAAGGAACAUUGAGUUGGACCCUUUGGAAUGGAAGCAAUACAGCAUGACAUCAGCGGAGAUUCCUCAACAGCUAAACGGGAGCGACUGUGGCGUGUUUACCUGUAAAUAUGCAGAUUACGUUUCUAGAGACCAACCUGUCACCUUUUCUCAGCAGCACAUGCCCCUCUUUAGGAAGAGGAUGGUAUGGGAGAUCCUGCACAGUCACUUAAUAUAACAACAUCCUCCUGGUUGCUAUGGAACCCUGCACUUUUACAUCGAUGCUUCUAGAUACUUCAUUCAAGGUGGAAAAUGUUUAAAACAGAUACUGAGCUGUCCAACACAACAAAGCCCACUCUCUUCAAUGUAGUACUAACUAGGGGAGUCCUGCCCAGUGCCGUCUAUAGGAUGCGUGUAACCGCUGCAAGCUUAGAAAGUGUUGUUCAACCCAUUUAAGAACACAUGUCCAAAAAUACGGUUUCAAUGCUGAAUUUAGUUUAUCAAUUUUUUUUGUCUUCUUGCCUCCCUCCAUAGUUGUUUGUUUGCAAUCCUUGAAAGUUGUCAUUUUCCAAUAUCCUAUAGCUAUCAACUCUAUUCCUUGUGUGCACUGUUUAUCCCUGAAAGGAAUGCCCAUUACAGUGUUAUUCCCGCUGAAGAUCAGGAGGGACAUCAACAAGAGGAGGCAGGCAGUGUUGACUAGCCUCUCUAAUGCUGGAGCUGGAUCAGUUAAA